AUGUCCAUCAGAAGUCGUUUCGCCCUCUAUCUCGUUGCUUGGCUGCGGCUUGUCUCGUGGGCUGUGUCCGAGCGUUCCUCGAUCGUAGGUGCUGACCUUGAGCUGGCUACGCUGUAUACAACAGCCCAGGGAGUGCAGGAGGGCGCCCUUCCCUCCACCUUCCAGGGCACUUGUGGAGGCGAUGACAUCAUCAGCCUCAUGCGUGUGCAUGAGUCCGCCAUCAUGCCUUGGCAUAAGAUCUUCAGCAUUACUGACAUCUACAUCAAGGCUCAGUCCACAGAGGUCCAGCACUUGGAAGCCGAGCUUGCCAGUGCUGAUGCCGAAAUCAAAGCGGCCAGUGACCAGAAGGCGGCCACUGUUGUGAACGACACGCAGGUUCAGCUACUCAUCGUACAGGGCCUGACGCAGCAAUAUGGCGCGGCCAAAAGUUUCGGGUCAGUGGAGGCGGCGAUGGAUGUCAAGUGUGGCGCUGACUUGGUGAAGCUGGAACGACUCCAUCACCUCAGUGAUGAGUUCCGGCGCGAUGAUGAUCUCUUUCUUGACUAUUUCGACGUUGCGGUGGACCGUUUCCGGACCAUCGUGGCAGAGUACUGGCAUGAGCAGGUCGUCAUCGCACACGGCUCUGUCCUGCGGACCUGUCUUCAGCUUCUCAAUAGUACCCUGAGGGAUGACACCAGCGACUGUGAUGAGCUCUGCACGCAGCUCGAGAUGGGUGUGCACCGGAUGUCCCAGCCAGGACUCACCCGCGAAGUAAAUCUCGAGUCUGCCCGCAUGAAGAGAGAGCGCACGUGGCUGGCGCUGACUGCCAAGCAGUCUCGGCUGUUGGACUGCAUGGCCCGGCGGACGGAGCUGUCAGCUGCCAAAGAUCAGCUUGACAGUCUGGAUUCUGCUGCCCUGGCUGCUUGGAAGAUAGAGAAGACGUUCAAGAGGCGAUCCUUCCGCGUCACCCGCCUGUUGGAGGGCCAUCGGUCGGAGCUGAAGGAGCAGCACCAACUUAUGGACAAGCUCUUGCGGGCUCUGGAGCAGAUGAACGUGCAGGUGUCGCAAGAGAAAGUCACAUCAGAUCUUGCCGAAAAGACGGAUGCCAUCCUCGGCACCGGUAUCCAAGCCUUUCGUGACAAAGUUGUCCAGAUCCAGAAAACAGUGGCGCUCAGCACCUUUGCCAACCAGCUCCAGGCAAAGCUGGUUCUUUUGCUACUUCAGAUGCGGAACUUCUUUGACACUGGAGUUCGUGCCCCUCUGAAGGAGGUCGGCAUCACGCCGCAGGUCAGCUAUGGAAAUGCGGGACUUGGGAAGUUUCCUCCGCUGCGGGUCGAUGCCGUCACUCGGAGUCUUGAGGCGUUCCAGAAGUUCUGUGAGGAGGAGAAGCAGAAGUGGCAAGAUGCAGGAGUUGAGCAGGAAACCGCAGCCCUUCAACUGCAGCUGUGCAGCCUGCAAGACAUCGGCAGUUCGGUGCAGGAUGUUCUCAGCGUCGUCAACCGGACGCAGAGCGUGGUGCGGUACAGGCUCAUGCAAGUACAGGAUGAGCUCAAAGAAGGUCCGAAAGUUCCAGGGGAGCCCUAUGGACUGUCUGAGGUACUACGACUAUUCAGCACCACACAGAUUGCCAAAAACUAUUUGUCGCAAUGGCAGGUGUCUGGGAACCUUACGUCGAUCAUCACUUCCUUGAAGGCUUCGAAAGCUCAGCUUCAAAGCCAAGUGCAGGAGGAGUCGGCCAAGCUCACCGAGCUGAAGCAGCAACUAUUGGAGAGCCAUCGGCAGAGGUCCGACUUCAUCAACCGCCUGGAAGAAGCCAUUCAGGGGCAGUCGUUGAACUUGGUGACCGCAGGUGAUCGCUUACAGGAGCUCCAGAACAUCAAGCGCCAGGAAGGCUUGCUUCAGGCGCAACUGGAGUCAUUGGCUGCCGAAGAGGCCGAGACCGAACAGGAGAGUCCGGCACUGAGCCGAUUGCUCCUGGACUCCGCAACUUCCUUCAUCCAGGGUGGGCGGUCAGGGCCACGGUCGUCCAAAGUGUCUGCCCACAAGCCGCUCUGA